CGUGUGCGUGUCCCCAUUCUCCACAAACUGCUGACUAACUCAACCGGUGUCACUGUCCCGGCCUGGAGCCGAACCUGCGCUGCAGGGAUGGAGCUGCGGCAGAGCUGCGUGGAGGUGGAGGUGUGAGGAGCGGACGGUGGACCCGGCAGUGGAUUGAAGCCACUUGUAAAUGUAUGUUUUAUCCAUGAUGGCUGACCAUCAUCCUCCACCACUGGAAAACACCCCACUACUAACAACUGACAUUCCUCUGCUUCCAACACCCAUUGUCAAUGGAGAAGGUGGCCAGCAGGUUAUUCUGGUCCAAGUGAACCCAGGAGAAGCUUUUACAAUAAGAAGAGAAGAUGGCCAGUUUCAGUGCAUUACAGGUCCCGCUCAGGUCCCCAUGAUGUCCCCAAAUGGUUCAGUCCCCCCAAUCUAUGUGCCUCCAGGUUAUGCUCAGCAGGUGAUUGAAGACAAUGGUGUGCGGAGAGUUGUAGUUGUUCCUCAGCCCCCAGAAUUCCACACAAGUGGUCAUGCAGUUAUACAUCGACCUCCACUGCAAGGCUUUAUUCCCCUUCCAGCUAUGAUGCCGCCUCCUCCUCGUCACAUUUACUCACCGGUCAGUGGAGGAGAUAUUGCCUCUCAAUACACGCCUCAGUAUCACCCCACACAGGUAUAUGGAGAUUUGGAUCCACUAUCACAUGGGAGGUCCAGUCUCAGAGAUGAGAGGUCUAAUAAAAUACAUGAACGACUGCAGAAGAAGCUAAAAGACAGACAUGGUGCACAGAAAGACAAACUCAACAGCCCCCCAUAUUCACCCAAGAAAAGCACUUCUCCGGUCAACGAAUCCAAUGGCGUAAUCAAAGGGCAAAACAGUCCAUCUCUAAACACAGGACAGUCCAAGAACAAGCAGAAAGGGAAGACAUCGGCCCAGGUAGAAGCAGAACCGCCAGAAAAAGAUGAAGAAACGAAAGCACUGGAAGCGCAGCUUUCUAACAUUUCCAAGCCGGCGGUGUCUGACAUUCAAGCACGAUCUGUGAUACUGACCUGGUCACCGCCUUCCAGUUUGAUCAGUGAAGAGAGUGAUAGUACAAACAACCCUGAGCUUUAUACAUAUGAAAUAUUGUUAUCCAACAGUGGAAAGGAUGAAAAAUUCAAGGUGGCAUAUAGUGGAGUGAAGACCAGUGUUACAGUGGAUGAUCUGAGGCCUGCAACAGAUUACCACGCCAGAGUUCAAGCAGAACUGAAUUCUGUUAAAGGGAACCCUUCCGAGGCUGUAAGUUUUACCACAAUGAGCUGCGAGCCGGACACCCCAAACCCUCCAAGAAUCACAAACCGGACCAAAAAUUCACUUUCCCUCCAAUGGAAGCUAUCAUGUGACAAUGGUUCUAAGAUACACAGUUAUCUUCUAGAGUGGGAUGAGGGAAAGGGGUGCCAAGAGUUUUCCCAGUGCUACUAUGGACUACAGAAGCAGUUUAGGGUAACUAAGCUGUCACCAGCAAUGGGGUAUACUUUCAGGCUUGCAGCAAAAAAUGACAUGGGCAUGAGUGGUUUCAGCGAAGAAGUGUUAUUCCACACCUCAGGCAGUGCUCCCACCGUGCCAGCAAGUCCUACCCUUAUUAAAGCUGGAAUUAGUUGGUUGUCUGUACAAUGGACUAAACCCUCAGGUACACCGUCCGAUGAAGGAAUUUCUUAUAUUUUGGAAAUGGAAGACGAAACCUCGGGCUAUGGCUUUAAGCCAAAGUAUAAUGGAGAUGACCUCACAUUCACAGUGAAGAACCUGAGGCGCAGCACAAAAUACAAGUUCAGGGUGAUUGCAUACAAUGCAGAAGGAAAAAGUGGUCCAAGUGAAGUUGUGGAAUUUGUAACAUGUCCAGACAAGCCAGGACCACCGCCAAAACCUUCAGUCAAAGGAAAGGUUCAUGCACAGAGUUUCCGCAUUGUUUGGGAUCCACCGAAAGAUGAUGGAGGAGCACCAAUUACUAAGUACGUUGUGGAAAUGUCUGAAGAUCGCAAUGGAAGCAAGUGGGACAUUGUUUACAGCGGGACAGCGAAGGAGCAUCUGUGUGACCACUUGAGCCCAGGCUGUUCAUAUUGGCUUCAUGUUUACUGCAUCAAUGAAGGUGGACAGAGUCAGUCUUCAGAGAGUUUAAUGGUGCAGACCCCAGCUGUGUUCCCUGGUCCUUGCCAACCACCCAGGCUCCAAGGCAGACCUCGGGCAAGAGAAGUGCAAUUGCGAUGGGCUCCCCCUGUGGUAGACGGUGGGUCUCCGGUCACCUGUUACAGUCUGGAGAUGUGUACGUGUGAAGGUGACCAAAGGGAGGUGUACCAAGGAAGUGAACUAGAGCACACUGUGUGUGGCCUUCUUCCAGGAAAAAUAUACAGCUUCCGGUUACGUGCAGCUAACAAAGCUGGGUUUGGACCAUUUUCAGAAAAGUGUGAAAUUACAACAGCACCAGGACCACCCGAACAGUGCCGACCUCCUCAGAUAUCCUGCAAAUCUGCAACAUGUGCUCUCGUACACUGGGAGGCUCCAAACAAUAAUGGUGCGGAAAUUACAGAGUACCGGGUGGAGUGGGGAGGAAUGGAAGGUUGUAUGCAGAUUUGCUACUGUGGACCUGGCUUCUCUUAUGAAGUGAAAGGCCUUUCACCAGCAAUCGUCUACUACUGCAGGGUUCAGGCUGUAAACAUUGCUGGUGCAGGCAUUUUUAGUGAUGUUGUGGCCUGCAUGACUCCCGCCUCUGUACCAGCUGCUGUGACCAAUCUCUGGGGAAUGAAGGAAGACGAAAUAGACAGUCCCCAUUACUCUCCUUCCACCUGCCUUGCUAUACAGUGGGAGAGACCAUGUGACCACGGUUCUGAGAUUACUGGCUACAGUAUAGACUGCGGAGACAAGCAGACUAUAUCAGUUGGGAAGACAGCUAGCUACAUUCUAGAAAACUUACAGCCAGAUACCAUGUACAGAAUACGGGUUCAGGCCCUAAACAGUCUGGGAGCUGGUCCUUUCAGCCACUCUGUUAAAUUGAAAACCAAACCCCUUCCGCCAGAGCCACCCCGCCUGGAAUGUGCUGUUUACAGUCACCAGAACCUUAAACUGAAAUGGGGAGAUGGGACAUCCAGAUCUCUACCAACAGACUCCAUUCAGUACCACCUCCAGAUGGAAGACAAGACUGAGAGGUUUAUAUCCUUAUACAGAGGUCCAUGUCAUACGUACAAAGUACAAAGACUAAAUGAGUCCACAUCCUAUAUGUUUCGUAUUCAGGCAUGCAAUGAGGCUGGUGAAGGACCCUUUUCUCCUGAAUAUGUUUUCACAACUCCAAAAUCUAUUCCCCCUGCCUUGAAAGCACCACGGAUAGAGCGAAUAAAUGAGCAUACCUGUGAAGUCACAUGGGAGUCUUUGCCUCCAAUGAAGGGUGAUCCUGUGAUCUACAUUCUGCAAAUGAUGACCGGAAAGGACUCUGACUUCAAACAGGCAUACAAGGGACCCAAUACAUCUUACCGAUACUGUACCCUGCAUUUGAACUGUGAAUACCGAUUCCGUGUAUGUGCCAUUCGCCAGUGCCAAGAUGCUGCCGGACCACAGGACUUAACUGGUCCCUACAGUGCCACAGUCCUCUUCAUUUCCCACAAGAACGAGUCCCAGUCCAACACCAGCAAAGACAUUGCUGAACCCACAAGGACAACAAGGACGCUCAGCGACGAGCAGUGCGCUGCCGUCAUCCUCGUGCUUUUUGCUACUUUCUCCAUCCUGAUUGCCUUCAUCAUCCAGUACUUUGUCAUAAAGUGAAGUUCAUCCACCUUGCAUCACGUACAUUAUUUUUUUACUGUACAUCUUAUAAGGAAAAAUAGUUUUGUUUUGUUUUUUUCUGAGUUCUUUUAUGAAAACACGGUGGCAUCUAGCACAAUGUCCAGACUUACCGUAGCAUGUCAUGUUGUCUCC